UAGAGUCAACAACUACCGUACGAGUACAUUUUUAUGUGAACUACAAUCGUGCUUAUGGGAUGCCUCAAACCCUAGUGUGUUCGGAACGAUCCGAGAAACCUCCGACAGCCUAAACAGGUCGAGUGACGUCCGCCCUCUCCAGCUGACAACCAUUGAAGCCACUGACGUCUAGCAUCUACCAUCUACCAGAUUCACACAGCCUCAUCAGACAUUUACUCCCCCUGAAGCGACAUCCUGAAUGGUAAUAAUCCCAAUACUUGACAGGUUCAAAUGGCAGGCAAAUUUCCCUUUCUGCGGUUGCCCCUAGAGCUCCGUGAUUAUAUAUACUCCCAAUACUUCAAACCAAGUGACCUCCUCGUGGACAGCGACUAUGGCGGCGGGCAGUAUAAAUUCGACCUACGUCUCUUCCGGGUGAAUAAACAGAUAUAUACGGAAGCCCAAGAUGUAUUUCGACGGGAGAAUGUCUUUGUGCGCAUCGAAACACCAUGGCCUCAAGCAGAACAUCACAUCGCCCAGGAAGGUCUCGUCCCUAUAGUGGCUGCUGGCGAACAAGGCGAACAGUUUAAACAUCACCAUGCUUUGGUCCAAAUUUCCGCGCCACUGCACGAGUUCGUUCCACAGCACGCCAUAGUAAUUCUCUUGGACGAUUUGUAUCUCUUCAGCGACACAUGGAUGUACUCCGGCCUCAACUUCCGCACGCUCAACGACCACCUGUGCGUCACCUUCGUGCUCCGGGACCCCUACUACCCAGCAGACCCCAAGCCCGUCCCCAUCGCCCUGCAGAAGCGACUCCUCCUGCCCUUUGAGAAAGUCAAGGGCCUCUACGAAGUCAACGUGCAAAACUACGACGAGAGCGUCGAGCGGGAGCUCCGCCUCCGCAUGGCGACACCGUACGACAGCGUGCAGAAAUGCCUCGAGGACAGCGCCCGCCACAUGCAGUCCGGCGACAAGGCGCUGGAAUCCGGCGACGCGCAGGGCGCCCUCGAACUCUACGUGAAAGCGUUCCACGCAAUGCACAUCAUCGUGUCGGGCCGCGUGCGGCGCGUCCUCGCCGACGCUUGGUUCCACGAGGCCAUCGAGUCCGGUCCCUUUGCAGGCCAGUCUGGGCCGACGAUCCGGAUCACGCUGCGCAUUCGCCUCGUGUCGCGGACGGUGGCUGCGUAUCUGAAACUCGGGGAGUGGGAGGAGGCGGCGUUCUGGGGUAUGCGUAGUAUACGCAUCAUGCGGGAGGCGGUGGACACGGAGUUCGAGGACUUUCUGGCUGAGUUUGUCGGCGCGUCAGAUGUUGGGAUGAUUUAUUUCCGGACGGCGAUUGCGUUCCAGAAGAUGGAGGAGAGUAAGAGUAGGGAGUUGCAGGAUUAUGCGUAUCAUGAUAUGGGGGAGAGGGAGGCGCUGGGCAGCUCAAAGAAGCUGUUUGAAUUGGCGGGGCGAUAUAUUAAAGGUCAAUACGCUGCUCUUGCGUUGAAGACGGCGCAGGAGUUCCGUGUGCAGCCUCCGCCUGGAGUACUACCAGCACUGGACCGAGGGAGCGAUGUUGAUAGUAUGGCGCACAUGGAUGUGGGAGGUGCAGAGGAGCAUGAUGAUCAUCCUAGCACUGAGAACUAAACGUGCAUACAUAUCUGUGGGGCGUAUUUGAAGGCAAAUUAUAUCGAGCAUGGUACGGCAUCUAUUGGCAAUUGCACCAUUUUCGAUUUUGAACGUCGUUCCUGGGCUGGAAACUAUAUCUAUAUAC